AUGGUUUCUCAGGGCGUUCAGAUGAUCGGCAUAUCUUCGGCCACCGUCGGCUGGUUCAUGGUGAUUGUGACGUGUGCUUUGCCCAUGUGGAAGGUGACGGCCUUCGUAGGGGCCAACAUCAUUACGGCGCAGACCAUCUGGCAGGGAUUGUGGAUGAACUGCGUGGUGCAGAGUACGGGACAGAUGCAGUGCAAGGUGUACGACUCCAUGCUGGCGCUGGAGCGAGACCUGCAGGCCGCCCGCGCCAUGAUCAUCAUCUCCAUCCUGCUGGGCGUUUUCGGCGUCGCCAUGUCCGUCGCGGGCGGCAAGUGCACCAACUGCAUCCGGGAGGAAGUUCCCAAAGCCCGGGCGUGCAUCUUGGCCGGCGCACUCUUCCUGGCGUCCGGCCUUUUGUGCCUGAUUCCCGUGUCGUGGUCGGCCAACGCCAUCGUCAGCAACUUCUACAACCCACUGGUCAUCCCGGCCCAGCGCUUCGACCUCUCAGUCAUGGGGAGAAUUGGCAAGGAGACGGCGGGUCAGGUCAUCGGCUUCAUCGGUCUGGUGGGGGUGGCGGUCACCACCGGCAUCCCCAUGUGGAGGGUGACCACCUUCAUCGGCGCCAACAUCGUGACGGGCCAGAUCGUGUGGGACGGCCUGUGGAUGAACUGCGUCAUGCAGAGCACCGGCCAAAUGCAGUGUCGCCUCAGCGAAUCUGUUAUAACGUUAACCCCUGAUCUCCAAGCGGCGCGAGCGCUAGUCAUCAUCUCGCUGGUUUUUGGAUUCAUCGGCUUCAUGGUCACGUUCAUCGGCGCCAAAUGCACCAGCUGCCUCCAGCAAGACGCCUCCAAGGCCAGAGUGGUGAUCAUCGGUGGGGUUUUGCUCAUCAUCGCUGCCGUUUUAGUCCUCAUUCCCGUCACCUGGUCGGCGACCAUCACCAUCACCGACUUUCAGAACCCGUUGACCGUCGACACGCAGAGACGAGAGAUAGGAGCGUCUAUCUACAUCGGUUGGGCGUCCACCGCCCUCCUCCUGGUAGGGGGGAUCAUCCUCACCACUUCCUGUCCACCGCAGACGCCCAUGUACCCUUACGCCGCCUACCCGUAUGCUAACGGUUCCACCUACGCGCCGGUUUACGCGCCGCCAUCCAGCCAGCCGUACACGCCGAGCGGGUCGUACUAUCCCGCCAAACCGUACGCGGCGCCAUCCGGAUACUCGCCGAGACAGUACAUUUGA